UUGCUAACAAGACGUCGGAUUUUGUUCAAAAUGGUGGGAUGACCUAAUGUUUUGUUAUUGUUACAGUAGUUGCUAGUUUGUAUACAGAUUUAACAAAUUUUAGCUACGUUGCACUCUUGGUCCUGCUAUCUAGUAACAAAAUAGUUUGUAACGCGGUUAGGAGGUAGCUACUCUUGUGCGCGUAAAGACGUUAGCGAACUUCAAGUCGCUUUUACUUUGUAAACUAGCUAGCUAUCUAUAGAACAUAUGGACAUUCAAGAAUCAGAAAAAGGUCUCCCUCUGUUCGCACUGCAUCUCCUGGUUCCACCAUUACGCUUGAUGUCUGCUUUUAUGUGGCGAAUGGCUCUACAGGGUAAUGUGAUGCAGUAUGGGAAGCUGGUGGAGUUUGUGACUAUGGUGACAGAGAUGGUUCCAGAGCUGCUGAGCUCCAGACAGAGGGCCCAACUCAUCCUGGGACUGAGAGCAAAACUGGUUUUAGAGUUGUGUCGCAGUGAGAGCACAGCCGACCACCAGACCAUACAGACCCAUCUGGACAUAAUCCACAAUUUGACAGAAAAGUCCUCAGACAAUGAGUGUCAUGGUGAUGAAUUGGAGGCUUCAGAUUCUAACUUUGUGGAGCUGGUCAAAACCCUGCUGAAAGACACUUUCGAGAGGGAAAAUUUCUUCCAGGAGGUGUUCCCCAUCCACUACGGCCUUCAGUAUGACACAGCUCUGCAAAGACUAAUGUCAGAGUUUCUUUCCCGGCUGGAGGAGCUGUUGCCUGUACCAGACCUUGCACAGACAACAGAAUGGCUCGACGCUGCCCCCUCUGUCCUGGAGGAGUGUGAACAUACAGUCAUUGACCCUGAACAGUUGAAGACCGUGCUGCAGCACCAUCAGCACAAGGCCAACAUGAGCAAUAGUCUUGUCUGCAGCUACACUGCAGAUACCAUCCUGUCCACACUGACCCUCCCUCCAAGAAUAAGAGUUGUCAAUGAACCAGCCAACUCCAACAGUGUGAGACCAGACAUAGAUAGUGCCCAUAAUGGGACAGGGGGCUGUGAAGAGGAAGAAGAGAAUGACACCUUGGAUAAAAGCACAAAUGUAUCUUCAGAACAUCUAAGUUUAUUUAUCUCAGAGCAACAAAAAGAGGAGGGUCUAUUACCCGCAGAGUGUUUGGCUUUGGGUACUUCAGAACCUUGUGAUGAAUUGAAAGUGGAUCAUUUUCUCACCGUAGUUGUGAAAGGAGACAAGCCAUCUCAAGCACUUACCUGUACUCUGCGCCCAUUUUCUCAUGGUGAAAUGGCCGACAUUGACAAGGACGUCAAGAUGAACCAAGUGGAAAAGGCCAGCAAACAGAAGGAAAGGAAAAGAAAGUUGUUCAGAAAGGGGGACAAAAAGCGGGUGGUGUGGGGUAACAAAAAGAAGGCGACCAAAAUUUGUGACAAGAAAAAAGAAGGUUCCCCCACACCCCAAAACAAGACUUAUACAUGUACAUGUGGGAAGGUUUUCAAAAAACCAUCCCUCCUGACACUACACAUGGGAGUUCACACCAUGCCAUAUCUUUGUGACCAGUGUCCGAAACGUUACGCUACUCCCGGAGCUCUGAAAAAACACCAGGUAAUUCACACCGAGGUUUGGUUUAAAAAGCCUUUCAAAUGUGAACGCUGCGACCGCAGGUACAGGAGUGAGUACGAUCUCAAGAAGCAUGUGCGCAGUCACUCUGGGGAGCGCCGUCACGUGUGUACCAUCUGCGAAAAAAGGUUCACCCAACAGUGUACACUGGUCAGACACAGGAGAAUGCACGCUGGCGAGAAGAACUACUCGUGUAGCGUAUGCGGCAAAGCGUUCCUUAGCAACGGAGAACUGCGCCUGCACACGCGGACACACACAGGAGAAAACCCCCACACCUGUAAACAGUGUGGAAAGGGUUUCAAAGCGUCAUGCCAUCUUACGGUCCACCUGCGGUCACACACCGGCGAGCGUCCAUACAGUUGCACCAUAUGCCCAAAAUCUUUCAGUACCUCAGAUGGCCUUAGAAGUCACACAUAUACUCAUACUGGGGAGAAACCUCACCAGUGCUCGGAGUGCGGUAAGACAUUUACUCAAAGGGGUAAUAUGGUUAAUCAUAUGCGAAGAGUUCAUAAGCCGGAGAAGAUGCUCCAAAAGCAGGCUAGCAGGAAGAAAGGCAGAAAGUCACAUAAAAAGGAUUUACAAUCAAAUUAAAUCACAUGACGUUUUUUUACUUCAUUUUUUUUUUUGAAGUAGCCUAGACAAUUUUUUUGAAGAUGCAUUGUGAUUUUUUUGUUAUAAGUGGUUCAUAACUGGUAAUAAGUGGUUUCCUAUGUCAUCAAAUGUUGUGGUUACCUGAGAUGACGGCCCAAAGUGAGAGGUUGAAAAAUAAAUAAUAAACUGUGGAAUCAUGUAGUUAAGGAAAGUGUCCAGCGUAAGCUGCUACCUAAACACAGACGAUAAACAGCUGCAUUAGGGAGCUGCUUUACUCAACAAAGUAUGUCCCAUAAGUUUGAUACAAUAGGAAAGCUACCAUGUAGUUUUAGAUAAUUGCAUUUAAUACCACAAGAUUGUUUUGCUAACUGAUAGAAGUAUGUUCUGACAUGGAUGAAUGAAUUGCAUACAAAUCCCUGCUGCCUAUUUGCCAAACAUUGUGUAUAUUAGCUGUAUGUUUUGCAAUUGUAAUGUUUUGUGUUGACAGUAAAAUGCUUUUUUUCAAGA